CCAACUGUAUACAUACAGAUAUUACUUGACACAUAUCAUUUACCUGCUUUGGGUUAGAAAUAUUAACUAUAAAACAGCAUUUUUCCAUUUAUUUAAUACUAAUACAGAAUUUGUUAAAAUGCCUUACGCUAAUCAACCGUCAGUUCACAUUUCGGACUUAACCGAGGAGAAUGUAAAAUUUCAAGUUGAAGACACCGAGUUAAGUGUAGCGAAUAGUAUGAGACGCGUGUUUAUUGCUGAAACGCCUACUAUGGCUAUCGAUUGGAUUCAAUUAGAAGCUAAUUCGACGGUUUUAAGUGAUGAAUUUUUGGCUCACAGAAUCGGUAUGAUACCAUUGAUUAGUGACGACGUUGUUGAUAGGAUACAAUAUACAAGAGACUGUCAAUGUAUGGAUUUUUGUCCAGAAUGUAGCGUAGAAUUUACCCUCGAUGUGAAAUGUACAGAGGAUCAAACAAGACAUGUAACUACAGCAGAUUUUAAGUCCAGUGACCCUCGUGUUCUUCCUGUUACAUCCAGACACAGAGAAGAUGAUGCUAGCGAAUAUGGAGAAACAGAUGAGAUACUAAUAGUAAAGCUACGUAAGGGACAAGAGUUAAAAUUAAGAGCAUACGCGAAAAAAGGCUUUGGAAAGGAGCAUGCAAAGUGGAACCCAACUGCAGGAGUGAGCUUCGAAUAUGAUCCAGACAAUUCUAUGAGGCACACUCUGUUCCCAAAACCUGACGAAUGGCCGAAAUCAGAAUAUAGCGAAUUAGAAGAAGAUCAAUAUGAAGCACCAUUUAAUUGGGAAGCUAAACCAAACAAAUACUACUUUAAUGUCGAAAGCAGUGGUGCUCUGAAACCUGAAAACAUUGUAAUGAUGGGUAUUGCAGCAUUAAAGAACAAAUUGUCUAAUUUACAGACACAGUUGAGUCAUGAAGUUCAAAGUGAUGCUUUGAGCAUUCAUCAUUAAAGGAAUUCAUAAAAUUAAUAUUUUUAAAACCAAAUCAUUUCCAGUCAUCCUUCAUAAAAUAAAAUCUUCAUCAGAAUAA